GAUAGAGGACAGGCUGAUGGCUUCGGACUCGAGAUUCUGCCGAAACUACGAGACGUGAAGGGAAAGCAUAAUAACGUGAGUCUUCUGGAGUAUGUGGUGCGCAUGUAUAUCAAGAACUACUGCUCGGAGGUGUUGUCUGUGGACGAGAUCCGGUUCCCACUGCCGGAGCCGUCGGAUCUGGAGAGGGCGUCGGCUAUAGUUUUCGAUGAUAUCGUUGCGGACAUCAAUACUUUGGAGAAUAAUAUGCAUUCAUGUGAACGAAAAGUGGAGAAAGUGUUGAAAUGCGCUCAAAAUCCGCAGCACAUCGAGCCGUUUGAGUCGCGAAUGAAGACAUUUAUAGAAAAGUCGAAGAAUCAGAUCCGAGAGAUGAAGGAGAAUGUGGAGGAAUGUCAGCUAAAGUUCCCCGAGACUAUGAAGUACUUUAUAUACAAACCGAAGUCCAGUAAAGAGUGCGAUUGGCCUAAAGAGUUCUUCGCCCAUUGGAUCCCCUUUAGCAGGGAUUUCAAGGAUAUAUUCAAACGCGAGAUUCAGCGCACGAUUAAACAAAAUGUUGAGAAACAGAAGCAAAAAGUGAAGGAAUUGACAGAAAGCGGCUAUACAAAGCGCGCCCGUGAGCUACCGGUGCCGUACUUUCGAGCCGUGAACUACAUUCUUAUAAUCGAUUCCUAA